AUCUCACAGCUCCGGAGGCAGAGAAACACACCCGUCAGCAGCGCGCAUUGGAGACACAAAAAAAGCGUAUCACGGACAAAGGAAAUAUGGGUGCGCUGGAGAGGAUCCACCACGGCCGGGUAACACAAUGGAUGAGCCGCAUGUGUUUUAUUUGCCGGGAGACCAAUUAGCGCACCUUAAUGAGGUGCUGGGAUGCAAGAUACUGCAAGCUAAAAAGACGGAGGGGUGCGUUUAAUCCGUCUGCGGAUCCUGUGAGCUUGCAAUGGCUGUCGCGGGAAUAUAUAAGUGGAUAGGGAGUGAUGUGCCUUUUUAUUUUAUGAUAUUUUCCUUAUUUUGUGGCCUUUCGUUUGGACAAUUACGAUAUUCAAUUACGGAAGAACUCGAAAAUGGGGCACUGGUCGGCGAUCUGGCGCAGGACUUGGGGCUGGAUAUUCGGAAGCUCGCCAGUCGAAAAAUUAGGGUAACCUCCAACAGCGGUAAACGCUACGUGAUUGUCAACCCCAAAAAUGGGAAACUACUUGUCAAUGAAAGGAUCGACAGGGAGUCACUGUGCGAUGCGUCCAGCACCUGCCUCAUCAAUUUGGAGCUGAUGGUCGAGAACCCCAGUGAGGUGCACCACGUCGAGGUGGAGAUUGUGGAUGCCAAUGACAAUGCGCCGCAGUUCCCCAGUGAUGAGUAUCAAGUGGAAAUCACAGAAUCUGCUUUACCGGGGUCCCGUUACCCAAUCGAAAAUGCCCAAGACCCAGACAUUGGCUCCAAUUCAGUUCGUAUGUAUCAGCUUAGCACAAACGACCAUUUUGCGCUGGUAUCUAACAAACCCUCGCUAAACACAAAGCACAUCGAGCUUGUGCUUAAAAAGCCCGUUGAUCGUGAACAGACGCCUUACCACCAAAUCAUUCUGAGUGCUGUGGAUGGUGGGUCACCAGAGAAAACAGGCACAGCCAAAAUCAAUAUCCGGGUUCUGGACUCGAAUGACAAUGUGCCCAAGUUCGACAGCUCAGUCUACAAGGUGAAACUCUUGGAGAACUCGCCCAAAGACACACUGGUGAUUAAACUGAAUGCGACUGAUCUAGAUGAGGGCACAAAUGGAGAGGUUUAUUACUCUUUCAGCAGCUACACUCCAGAGAGAGUAAGGCAGAUGUUCAGCAUGGACACUAACUCGGGAGAAAUAAGAGUGAGGAGCAAUGUUGACUAUGAAGAGACCAACUCCUACGAGAUGUACAUUCAGGCAAUGGACAAGGGCCCCGGGGCCGUGGCGGCACACUGCAAGGUGGUGGUAGAGGUAGUGGAUGUGAACGACAACGUCCCUCAGAUUGUUCUCUCAUCUCUGUCCAGCCCUGUGAGGGAGGACGCCCGCGCAGACACAGUGGUGGCCCUCAUUAGCGUCACUGAUCGAGACUCGGGCGCUAACAAGCAGGUGAGCUUGGAGAUCCCAGCAGGCCUUCCUUUCAAGAUCAAGUCAUUCAGAAAUUACUACACUCUGGUUACCUCAGCUUUCCUGGACCGCGAGACCACCGAUGCCUACAACGUCACUUUGAGUGCCACCGACGGAGGAAACCCUCCCCUCUCUUCACAGAAGACCAUACAGGUGGAUGUGGCAGAUGUAAAUGACAACCCGCCGCGAUUUGAACAAACUUCGUAUACCGUCUACGUGAUUGAGAACAAUGCCCCUGGGGCCUCUUUGUGUACUGUGAAGGCACAAGACGCAGAUAUCAAAGAGAACGCCCGCAUCACCUACACAGUGCUCAACGACAACAACCAUGGCAUCCCUGUCACCUCGUAUGUGUCUGUGAAGGCCGAAACAGGCGAGGCUUAUGCCCUGCGAGCCUUUGACUAUGAGUCACUGAGAGAGUUUCACUUCCAGGUCAAAGCCCAAGAUGGGGGCAUUCCUCCACUCAGCCGCGUUGCCACUGUCUACAUCUACAUAAUGGAUCAGAAUGACCACGCACCACUGAUAGUUAGCCCCCCUGGCAACGGCACACGCUCCUUAGAGACGGUACAAAAGAACGCAGAGCCUGGCGCCAUCGUGACCAAAGUGGUGGCAUACGAUGCCGACGCUGGUCCGAAUGCCUGGCUGGUGUACGUGCUCGAGACAGCCACUGACCUGGACUUGUUCAAGGUGCACCAGCACACAGGUGAGAUCAGGACCACUCGGAGGAUCCUGGAGGACAACUCCACCUCUUUUGCUCUCACCGUUUUGGUGAAGGACCAUGGGCAGCCUAGUCUCUCCUCCACUGCCACCAUAAACGUGGCUGUAAUGGAGGUGCCCCCCAAAGUGGCCCCUGACCCCAAGCGCAUCAUCCGACCACACAGCACGCUGCUUUUCUCCAACGUAACCCUCUACUUGAUCGUGGCUUUGAGUGCCACCACCUUUGUAUUCCUAGUCACUGUGGUGGUGCUAGCCAUAGUCCGCUGCCAUGCCUACUGCACCCAACCUGGAUCCUGCUCCCCAUGCUGCGUGUCACAGAAGCCCCCCCCAGAUGGUGGGAGCAGCAGCGUGAGUGCCGGCGCAGUAGUCGGUGGCCCACCCGGGGCACAGCCUAAUAGCAAUGUGAUGCUACGUAGAGACCUUAAAGUUGAGCCUCACUACAUCGAAGUGCGUGGGAAUGGCUCCCUAACAAAGACGUAUUGCUACAAGACCUGCCUAACAGCCACCUCCGGCAGUGACACGUUCAUGUUCUACAACACAGGGCGUCCCAUCAGCGGCACCUGGGGCAGCGGGGCUGACCGCUUCUUCACCAGUGGAAGCGGAUUUGUACGCAGACUGAGUAUGCCCGAUGCCUCCAUGCAGCUCUGCCCAGAGCCAAAAGCCCCGAAUGCUGACUGGCGAUAUUCAGCCUCUUUGAGGGCAGGGAUGCAGAGUUCGGUCCACAUGGAGGAGUCCUCUGUGAUGCAAGGAGCCCAGGGGAUGCUGGUGCAGAACUGGCCCACUGUGUCAAGCGCUGCAGACGGAGAUGGCGGUGAACUUUCACCCCCAGUGGGCGCUGGAGUCGACAGCAACAGCUGGCACUUCAGGUAUGGCGCCGCCGGACAGGGCUAUUGCCCUCCUCAGCCCCUGAAGCCCGGGGAGAUUCCUCCUGAAGCCUUCAUCAUCCCUGGAUCCCCAGCCAUCAUUUCUAUUCGCCAUGACGCCGGCCCCGUGGACAACAAAGGUGACUUCAUAAGCUUUGGCAAGAAGGAGGACGCCAAGAAGAAGAAAAAGAAGAAGAAGGACAAGAAGGACAAGAAGGAUAAGGGAAAAGAUGACGGGGGGGACGAUUAGAGGAGAAUGGGUGACUUGAAAACAGAGCUACCAACAAACAACCUUCCCUAUUACAGUCAGAAAAAAUAAAUAAAAGCAAGAUGUAUAUUGUAGAACCAAGGGAGCCUCCUUUCACCAUAUUUGCAUUGACAUUGUACAGUUGCCAAACCCUCAUUAGACGAGGCCUGGCUCCCCCGCACCAUGCAAACAUGCUAAACGGAUGUUCUCUUGUUCUGCAUCAUUUGGCCCAUAACUUCCAGGCCUAUAAAAAAAGGUUAACAAAUGAUCGUUCGAUAGUGGACAGGCCUCAUCUAAACAUUGGAACAACUUAAAACCGAAGAGGCUUGUAUUGGAUACGAUCAGCCUUUCUGUGAUUUGCUCACACCCUUUCCCCCCCAGUUUGUAUCAUCAAAAACAAAAACACCAGAGAAGGUGUAGUAUUUGUAUCUGACCAUUGUCAGCUGAGGCUGCCCGUGUCGGCAUCUCUGUCUUUAUGCAGCCCACUCGUCCUUUUUUGGCUCACCUAGUCACGGGUGAAGUGGAAGCCAAACUUAAUAGAAUGAAACAGAGGCUUUUUUCAGUAGUAUUGGCGGCCUUGUAGAAAUUCAGAAAAUGUGGUCUUUUGUAAAAAAUAUAUAUAUAUAAAAAAGGAGA